AUGUCAGAUAGCGAGAGCCACAGCGAUUCUGACGCCAUCAUCAUCGAUCGGGACGAUGUAAGCAACUACAAUCCCGACAACAUUCUCCCGAAAUCGACAGACGAGAUCAAAAAGAUUCGAGAAUGGCUCGAGCCAACCUCGUACUCCGUCGCUGGCGGCGAAUUCCGCAAACAUCUCACAUCCCACGCUCCGGGGACCGGACAAUGGCUUACCUCUACUGACCAGUACCGGCAAUGGCUUCAAGGGGAGGAACUUGGUCUGCUCUGGAUCAAAGGCAUCCCCGGGUCCGGCAAAUCCGUCCACGUGGCUAAAUUGAUUGAUGAGCUAGGCAAGACAAACCCUGGUUGUCCAGUUCUCUUCUUCUUUUUCCGACAGAUUAUCGCUGCCAACCAUAAUCCGCAGGCUCUUCUUCGAGACUGGUUGGAGCAAGUUCUGCAGUAUAGCCCGCCGCUACAACGUCGGCUCUGGACAUACAUUGAGGAUGGAGUGUCGUUAAGCUCACUAUCAACUGAUGAUCUGUUGAAGGAUCUGCAGAUGGCCUUUCGAGGUCUGCCCGACAGGGUCUUCUGUGUCGCUGAUGCUCUCGACGAAAUGGACACCGGUAAUGAUGCCUUUCUUCGAACCAUCGGGUCGCUUAGCCAGUGGAAGCCCGCCAAGAUUAAGGUCUUGAUAUCGAGCCGACCUGUUCCAAGGAUCGAGAUCCCCCUCCGCCAGACACCAGCUUUACAUAUCCGGCUUGAGGAGCGACUCGUUGAUAUUGACAUUUCGACCUAUGUGAAUUCUGCCCUCUCGGAGUCACAUAUUCCUCGAAGCGAGUGGGGUGAAGUGGCAAACGCUGUCCCUGGUCGGGCGAACGGUAUUUUCCUAUACGCGAAGCUAGCUAUGGAGGCCUUUCUCGAGCCAGGUGUGGAUAUCAAGGCCGUAUUGGCCCAUCUUCCCGCAGAUCUCAAUGUUCUCUAUACCGAGCUCUUGCAGGAACAUGCCAGGCGGUCUGGCAUAUCGCCCAGCGUCCAGAACCUCAUUCUCCAGUCUGUCACGCAUGCGACGAAGCCGCUACGACUACUAGAGCUCGCCGAGAUGUGUAGGGUGAUCGAUCCUGUUGGUACUGGCCGUGACCUGAGGGCUAUGAAGGACCUUGUGAGGACAGCGUGUGGGCCGCUUCUUGAGAUCCUACCGGACGAAACAGUGUCUGUUGUUCACCAUUCCUUCACCGAAUAUCUCAAAGGCUCUACACGAUCUGAAUAUGAGGGCGGCUAUCCAGUGCUGCGGCCAGGACCAGCUCACGCCCAGCUUGCUCUAUCAUGUCUGCGGUAUCUGUUAAUAACAGGCUGCCUUGACGAGAUAGAGAUUAAUAUCGAUGACAGCGACACGGAGCCGGGUUUUGGUGAUGAGAACUGCCAAUACCCAAAUUCCACACAUGUUUCGGAGGCUGUACUUGAGCUGCGAAUGAAAUUUCCCUUCUUCGUGUAUGCUACUCGUAACUGGCACGCUCACAUCCGAAGCUCUGAGGCUGUGUCUUAUGAGCAAGACGAGAUCAACGAGGUCCUUGAGCGGUUCCUCAGUGUUGAUAAGAAUAUCAAGGCGUGGCUCGAGGUGUCCUGGCCUGGAUAUGGAACGAACGCACGAAUGUUCACGGCCCUACAUCUCGUAGGAAGAUACGGGCUUGUGGCAUAUACGAGGAAGCUGGUGGCGGGUUGGUCUGGCGAUCUGAACGCAUGUGAUAUCACGGGCAAAACAUCGCUAUGGUGGGCCGCUUAUGAGGGCCACGCUACUACGGUGAGAGAGCUCAUCGCCGGAGGCGCCGAUCCAGAUCAUCGCGAUGGCUUGAGUGGGCGAAAGCCACUGCACGAAGCUGCUAGCAAGAACCAUCACGCGGUUGUAAGGGUGCUGCUAGACGCUGGCGUAGACCCUUUCACACCACAAGGCCUUACCGAUCGAGACAUAGCCAUGGAAAUAGUGAGUGACGAUAGCGGGAAACCGGCCAUCGCACAUGCAUGCGAACACGGGCAUGUAGAGACAGUUGGCGUAUUCUUACCGUACAUUGAUCUCGAAGCAAUGCACAACUGUUUGGCUUGGGCUGCGGAAAAGGGGCAAGCGAGAGUAGUUACUCACAUGUUGGCACAGCCCGGUGUAGAGGUCGAAGCCAUGGUCCAUGGGAGCACAUCUCUGUUCAAAGCUUGCUUAACAAGGGAUUUGGCUACUGUGGAGGUCUUACUUGAAGCUGGAGCUAACCCGGAGUGUCUGAAUGAGGUUUGGGUGCGGGGGUUUGGGAGUUUUGAACAAAAAGGAAAGAAGCCAGAUGGCUCUUUUGCUCGAUACACUUGUCUUCAUGCGCUGUGUGGCGUACCGGAUCUCGAGAUAUCUUCUCAUGAUUGGGACGAUGACGACUGCUAUGAGAUACUCACACUUCUCAUCAAGGCGGGUGCCGAUGUCAAUCGCCAGAUGGAGGAUGGAACAACUGCUCUGCACUCUGCUGUCAAGGUGUCCUACUGUUUGUCCCGGCUUCUCAUAGAACACGGUGUCUCGGCUCAGGGUGUGGACUCAAAAGGCCAGACACCGCUUCAUUACUCCCAGGUCCCAGCCUGCAUCCCCCUCUUGGUGGAAGAGGGCGCCGAUAUUAACGCACUAGACGUACAUGGAGACACACCUCUUCUCGCGGCCCUUGGUGAGUAUGGUAACGAAUACAAGGUCCUGCUAAUCUUAGAGUGCGGCGCUGAUGCCCGAGUUCUCAACUCGGCCGGCGAAAGCACCCUUCAUGUAGCACUCAAGUCCUAUUACGCAACACCGAAUAUUGUCCAAGCGCUUCUUGAAAGCGGUGUUGAGCCGGAUAGACGGAAUCGCAAAGACGAAACUGCCCUAAUGUUAUCAUUCAGGUCCCAAGAUGCUGAAAAGAUAUGGGAUCUUCUGCUGUCAGCGGGUGCAGACAUCAAUGCACAGGAUCGAACCGGACGCACCCUCUUCUGGCACGAGAUCUCACAGCUAUCCAACGCGAGGUCGAAUGUUGAUGACAGGGAGUCAUGCAGUCCUGUUCAGUUUCUUCUCGACCACGGAGCCCUUCCCCACUUGCGAGAUCACAGAGGAAGGACUUGUCUGCAUGAGGCUAUCAAAACGCAAAUGGUCGACUCUGCCUCUGAUGAUAAAGAGAACACGCAAAGUUUCGACUUUUUACUGGGCAUCGGCCUUGACCAUACCAUCGUUGAUCACGACGGUAACACACUUCUCCACGAGCUCGCAGCCAGAGAGGGUUCAACGAGCGCAUAUAGUCGAAAGUGGGUGUUUCCGCUUUGGGAGCGACUUGUCGAUACCCUUGGUCUGGAUGUUGACCAACAGAAUUAUUCGGGCCGCACGCCACUUCACGUUCUGUGUGAUUCGUAUCCUCAAGACGCCCAACGUCAUGUUAAAGAUCCGGAGCCUAUUGAUUUCCUCAUCAAGCGAAUGAGAAACUUCGAUGUCAAAGAUCAUGCCGGCCUAACAGCCUUGCACGUCGCGUCGACUCGAACGGAAUAUUGUACUAAGAAACUCCUGGAGGCCGGGCUCGAUGCUCGAGCUACUACUGUUGAAGAUCUUACACCACUGCAUCUUGCUGCUCAGGCACAAGAGAGCAACAUUGUCGGUAUGCUCGUGCGUUCGCUGCAUGAGUCAUCACGCCGGAAAUCGCGCGCGGAUCCAGAUACACCUCUUCCGAACGAGAAUGGUGACAGAAGCAAAAUCGAUGGAAUCGAUGCCCAAGAUAUAAACGGACUCACCCCGCUCUAUUAUGCUAUCCGGACUGGCAGAACGGAGACUGUGUCCAUUCUACUCGAAGCGGGAGCGGACGUCCACAUAGGUGGCUACGUGUUCAAAGCCUGCAGUGAAUUUGAAGACGAAAAUGCACUUCGCAACGCAACACGCCAUACCAAGCUUGAUCCAUUGACUCAGAGGGAGAUCAGGGUCGAUUUUUCAAACACACAUGAGGAAUCUUAUCUAAAUAAAUCCCCAAGUACUGAGUUUUCUACUGGGGACAGUAGAAGACUAGAGGAGAUUGCGAAAUUGCUGGUUGACCAUGGGGCUGACACGUCUGGGCUCGGACCGUCGAAGCACUCCUCUGACCGUGGGGUUAUAGGUGACUGUGUAUGGCAAGGCAAGGCAUAUACAGCCAGCUGUCUUAUCGACCAAGUCCCCCAUUCGCUUUGGGUCGAGCCAGGCAAGUCAGCUCCUUACUCGGGCUUCCUUGCCGUCAGUGCCCCUGCGUAUGACCCUGCACUCGCCAAAGUGGAAAGCUUCCCACCAGUUGAGGCUGGAAAACCGAACAUCUAUAAUUUCUCGCUAUUUUUACGACAAAGACAGUAUCAACUUGUCAAAGAGCUUGCUAAGCGGGGGACGAGAUUCCUCCCCGAUCCCCGGGAGCGGUACCAUUCCAGCCACUUUGCCCUGCUAGUCCAGCACGGUUUCACCCUCCUAGUCAAAAGGAUUGGAGCGAUUGAAGCGGAACGUGCGCUUGGGCAAGGCGAUUGGCAUGCCUUUAACGAUAGCUCCAAAGCAGGGCUGUGGUGCGCCAACAGACCGGAGGACGAAAAUCAAUCGGAGGGAAGAGUCGUGCACCACUACACGUCAGAUGUGCAACAAAUACCGAAACCUUUCCUCUUGGAAGCAGUCCAGCGCGAGCUUCCUAACUUCGGAGUUGUCAGAUUGCUGGUGGAGGACUUCCAUGUCGACGUGAACGAGAGGACAUGGGAUUCAGACUACACCGAUGACGAGCGGCGCCUUGUAUAUAAUGAUUCAGCUCUUCACUAUGUUGCCGAAGGCUUCUGCUGGUGGCAUGUCCACCAUGCCUUAAAGUACCUCCUCAAGGUACCAGGAAUUGACAUAAAUCUCCGGGUUAAGGGUGGCCUCACACCUCUCCACGUCGCAAUCAGGGGCAAGAAUGCCGUCUUUAAGUCUAGACCCCAUGCUUACGACUCGGUGAAGCGUCUGCUCAAGGCUGGAGCAGAUAUUCACGCAGUAACAAAGACGGGGGAAAGCUGCCUCAGCCUAGCCAAGCACAACGACCAAAUUGUCCGACUGCUAAUCAAGCACGGAGCCAAGGUUUCGUCUGAUGAUGUCGUAUCAGCAGUCGAAGCUGGUCAGGUCGACGUACUCCGCGAGCUUUUAAAAACAAUAGACGAUGAUGGAGAACGUCUCGAGUUGGACCUAGAUCCAGCGCUACGUGCAGCAGGUAUGCUAUUCCGGAAACCACAUCCAGACGAUGGCAUAUGGAGUCCGACCGUUGACAAUGUCAUUGUUAUUGAGAUGAUUGGAAUCCUCAUAGAUCGCGGAGCAAACCCGCUCUCGAAUUACUUCAUCAUCCAGGAAGAGAGCGAUGACUACGACUAUUGGUCAAAUCGCAAGCGCAUUCACUUCAUGCAGGGCGCAUUUACUCUUGACGAGAAUCUGACAUAUUGCGAAAAGACCUUGCUGCACGGCCUUCUUGGAGUCACAGACGUCCAAAUUCAACCAUUCCUAGUUUCUGGAAUCGACGUCAACUACAAGAAUCCAGAGGGACUUACUGUUCUGCAUGCUGCCUGCGCAAUCGGUGACUUGGUCACUAGGCCAUUUAAUACCCACAACUCGACAACUGAUGGACCACAAGAAACUGUUUUUCAGCGCCUAGUUACUCUUGGCGCUGAUCUUACUACUCGAGAUGAGCGUGGUCGAACCAUUCUUAUAUCCCUCCUCAACAGCUUCAGUUGGACUACCUCGCCUGAAUGGAGAGCAACUUUGGAGCAUAUCAUCACCCUGGCACCUGAGCUGGUACAUGAAGCCGACCUUGACAGCAAUACCCCGUUGAUGUAUGCUGUGCGUCGGGCUGUUGAUUCAGCGGCCGAUACAGAGACGGUUUAUCGGCUGCUAUCAGCCGGCGCAUCCCCUUUAGUGACGAACAAGCACGGCGAGAGUGUGCUGCACAUGCUGGCAAGAGAUCUUGGUACGGCUGGACUUCGUGAGCUAUUUAGAGAUUUCGUCAGUCGUGGGGUGGACAUCAAUGGAUGCGAUACGUCUGGUGAGACGCCGCUAUUCAACUUUGCUUCCCGAUUCCCACAAGGCCCAGACGACCGGGACUACACGAAGCGAAAAAUUCGAGGCGAUGAGUAUGAGGUUCCGCGAGAGCAGGGGGCUAUAGCACUACUGAAGGAACUGGGCGCUGAUUUCUUUGCAAAGGAUAAUAAGGGUAGAGGGCUACUACACGUUGCAGCGUCUGGGGACGUGAUACGCUUCCAGGAGCUGACGGCUGCGGGGUUGGAUCCGAUGAUGGAGAACGACAAGCAGCAGACGGCGAUUGAUAUAGCAGCGGCUGCCUGCAAUAAUACUGUCCUUGAGAUAUUUGAGAAGAAGGCAAGAAGGUAG